AACAACUUAUGCCAAGUCAGAAUCACCCCUUGGGAUCCUGACAACACUGUACAAAUCGACGAAAUCUACACAGAGCUCUUUUGGGUCAGGGACAAAAAGAAGCCAAGUGGAAAGAAACAAGAAAAACUUGAUGAUUAUUCCGACAUUCUGAAAGAGCUUAAAAGCAACAGAAUCCUUGUGUACGGUAUACCAGGGAUCGGAAAAUCCACCUUUGCCAAAAAAAUCGCCAUUGACUGGGCAAGAGGUAAAAAGGAAAACCUAAAGAAGUUUGAUCUGCUGCUCAUGAUUCCGUUACGAAACGUCUGCUACAGUAAAACCUUCCAGAACAUGUUAAUUGAAGCAAAACUAUUUCCCGCUGAAGACCAGAAGCUCGUCGACGCUCUCAUUAGGUACAUUCUUGAGCACAAAGAUAAAGUUUUGUUGGUUUUGGAUGGUUUUGACGAGUAUAGUGCAGGUGAGGAGACUCCAGUUGUUAGCCGCGUAUGGAUGGGGGAUGAGCUCCGAGACUGCUUUGUGAUUUUGACAACGAGGCCAAUAAGAGAGGAUGAUGUAAAGCGAUACAGCAGCGCCCAAUUUCAGAUAAAAGGAUUUGACCAUGCCCAGAUCAAAGAGUUUUCAAUGAAGUUUUUAGAAGAUGAGCAAGAAGUUCAGAAGUUUCUUGAUUACAUUAAGAUCCACAAACUGAAGGAGAUUGCGGAAAUUCCCCUGCUUUUGCUGAUGCUUUGUUUAAUCUGGAAGGAGAAAGAUCGCGAAGGGUUACCAGAGGCAAAAGUGCAUCUUUACAGCGAUUUCAUUCAAACCCUUUUAAAUCACAUGGCCGCAAAAGACGCUGAUGAAGAAGUUAAGAGCAUCAAGGGCUACGGUGGCGAUCUGGAACAAGUAGGGGAACUGGCAUUUAAUGCUUUACUGAACAAUUCUCUCGAGUUUGAUUAUGAACAUUUUCCUAACGAGCUUCUGAGUAGUAAGUUGAUCCGUGUUGGCGUAAUUCAGAUUGUAAAGCUCUUUAGUGCAAAGCCAAAGAAGAUGGUUGCCUUCCUUCACAAAUCCAUUCAAGAAUUCUUAGCAGCCUGGUUCAUUAUUCACAAGAUACUUCCGUCCGCUAAAGACAAUGUCACUUGCAUACCCACCAUAAAUUCAACCAGAAAAAUUGUCGACUUGCUCGAAGUCCUCAAGUUUGUCUGCGAAUGGUCACCGGAAGGGUCGAAAGCUGUACAGCAGCAUCUGGCAUCUUUGAGGACAAACCAAAAUCCUCCCAAAGACGUUCAAACAGAAACACCAUUCUUGAAGGAUUUGCCGAGUGAUGACAAAAGAUUAUCAAAGUUGAGCCUUGAGUGUUUUAUCACUACACCUUCUCAAUUUAAGGGCGAAGUGUACCCGUCGUUGUUGAAAUCUCUCACAGGCGUUUUGAUAAUACCAGACACACUCCUGCCUCAUGUAGCCAACGGGAAUUUUGUGAAGUCCGAAGUCCUGCCUGAGAGUGUACUAUUUGAUUUUCACAGGCGUCCUUCUCCUAAAGACCGCGAUCACAUUUCCUCCAUCAUGGACGAUCUUAACGCGGUAAUUGUAAGUUCAAGAGGAGAAACGAAGGCUUCUGACUUUGUAAGAAGACAAGUAAAAACUGAUAUAUUGGCCUCUCUCUUAUUGAAACGCUCAGAAGAUAAGAUGUAUCUCUACUUCUCUCAGAUUGCCAACGUUGAUGUCGGAACGCUACGGGAGCUUGCGAUGCCAGCGCCAGCUACGUUUUCUCACACCCGUGCAAAUCAUGAAGAUGUAAAGGUCGGUGACAGGGCAGCCAAGAUGGAUUGGCAAACUCGUCAGCACUGUUUUUCACUUGCAAAGAAAAUUGACAUUGAGAAUUUAGAAGGCGACGUCAUUCACAUCAUUUCUAAUGUUUUGCCUCUUCUUAGCAGACCAAGAGAGAUAGUUUUACGAAACCUUAAAGAAUCUUCCGUAUCUCAAGAGACAGGACGUGUGGUGUCAGGAAUGAACAUGACAGAGUGUCUUACACGCUUGAAACUACACAAAAUAUGCUUGACAGAGAAAUCUCUGCCUGUGCUAGCAAACGCCUUACAGAACGCUUGUAACUUGCAAGAAUUAGUCUUGUCAGAAAACCAAUUGGGAAGUAGCGUGAGGUGCCUGGCAGCAAAUCUUCGUCAUGUGCAGCAGCUGACUAUCUUGGAAUUGUCAGAUAUUUUCAUGGAACACGCAGCCUUCUCAGAUCUUGCCGAUUCUUUGCGUCAUGUUCCUGGCUUGGAAGUUCUUUCUGUGUCUCGAAAUCAACUCGGGACCUCGAUCUUAGAUUUGGCAGACAACUUGGAAUAUGUUCCUCGAUUAACUCGAUUGGAGCUGAGAGAAACCCACAUGGACGAAGAUGGAGGAAGGGCU